AUGCCAAGCAAUAGAAGAGGCGACAAGAUGCGCAAUGCCGCGACGCAAGAGGCUCUUCGCAGCUCUAUGCGGUACCGGCACGGUGCAGUAAUAACCAAAGGCGGUAAAAUCCUUGGGCAGGGUUACAACCAUGUGCGGACUGGUUUUAGCGGACCCCUCGCAGCGCACAACUCCGUAGAGCUCCCUGCAAAGGACGCGGCGCCGCCGUGCGAGGACUGCCAGGGCUGCAUGAAUGAUGAGCAUGCAGAUGCGCUUGCCAACUUUGCGCCGCGACAAACCUACUUUAGCAUGCACGCCGAGAUGCACUGCAUCACUUCUGCACUCCGCGGCGCGCGCCCAAAUCUCUCGCGCAGCAGUGUCAUGCUGGGCCCCAGCGCCACCGCGCCCGAGGACCUUGAUGCAGAUGACCUUGCCUCCAAACUCGGAGCGCUUGCCUUUUCAAAUGCGAAUGCAAAUGCGCCCAAAAUGCCCGCUGGCUCCCGCAGCAGCGACGCACCCACGUCGGCCCGCAUGUCUGCGGCCGACCUAAAGACCAAGUGCAGCCGUGCUUUGGUUGAGGGUGCGAAGCGGGAGCAGCAGCGCAUCGCUUUGGCCACGCAGGACAAGUGGCGGCACGGGCGUGGCCGCUGGGUUGGAAAUUAUGAAGAGCAGCGUUUGCGCUCUGAAUACCAUGCGUUUCGCGCGCGGCGACUUGAGCAGCGCAAGCAGGAGAAGAGGGACAGAAAGGCGCGCGGAGCACGCGCUAUGAGCUCGGGCGGCAGUGCGUCGAGCGACACAACCCAAGAGUCCCAGUCGAGCAUUUCUGAGCCCGGGACACCGUCUCCUGUUGACCGUACAUCUGCUUCUGACAAUACAAAAGACCAAAAGUGCAACUACCUGGCCUACCGACGUAUCAGUAGCGCACACACACGCGCGCGUGAGGAACAGUUGUGCGACUCGCGUUUGCGCGGCGCCGAUUUGUAUGUUGUGCGUCUUCUCCAGGACGCAGAGUCGAAGGCCAAGGCCAAGGAGCAGCGACGCCGAUACCAGUAUCGAACGGCAGGCCCCGGCCUUAUGCACGCCGUACAGAAUGUAGCGCCGCGGUACGCGGAUAGCCGGCCAUGCUGGCGGUGUCUGGAGUGGAUGUGGUGGGCUGGCAUUAAGCGCGUGUAUUGGACAAGUGUGGAAGGCGUGUGGCACGGCGGCAAAGUAGCUGAAUUGCUAUUCGGGACGCCGACGAUCGACGCGCUUCAUUCCGGCGCCUCGCUUGUGCCCGUGCACCUUACGCAGUACGAGCAUGCCGCAGCACUACGGCAUCGCCAGCGACGAGACGCAUAG